UAAUACGAUAAUGAGUAUUAUUAAACUCCUAAACAGUGUAAAUAUGUGAAUAUAUUUGCAAUAGAAUGUCUUUAUUUAAAUAAGAAAUUUCUACGAAGCGUUUAGGGUAAACCGACGAGUUUAUUCAUCAUUUUUGAGAGGUGAAUUGAUCGAAGAGGAAUGAAUUUAACAAUUGAAUAAAUUUAGAGUCAAAUACACUCACUGAAAAAAAAACCUUUACAAUGAACUAAGUGACUUUAAUAUCCAAACGAGCAUAUCCCUGUGACAUAAAAGGCAAAACAAUCAAAAAGGAGCUUUUACACUUUUAUUUAAACCGCAAUGAUGAACGUCAUCUUCAAGAAGAUGUUCAGAACAAUUAGUACUUCUCAAUGAUCCAUGGUCCUUCCCACAGCAGAACAAAAUAAUAAUAAUAAUAAUCAUGGAGGAGAGGCUGGUGACAGAGGUGCCCAGUAGUCUGAAGCAACUGGCAAGACUUGUUGUCAGGGGUUUCUACUCAAUUGAGGAUGCUUUGAUCGUCGACAUGCUUGUUAGAAAUCCAUGCAUGAAGGAAGAUGAUAUCUGCGAAUUACUCAAGUUCGAGCGAAAGAUGCUGCGUGCAAAGAUAGCAACCCUCAGAAAUGACAAGUUCAUCCAGGUGAGAUUGAAGAUGGAGACUGGCUCUGAUGGAAAAGCUCAGAAAGUCAAUUACUACUUUAUUAAUUACAAGACUUUUGUAAAUGUUGUAAAAUAUAAACUGGACCUCAUGAGGAAGAGACUGGAGACGGAGGAACGUGAUGCCACAAGUAGGGCCAGUUUUAAGUGUACAAAUUGCUUGAAGACAUUCACAGACUUAGAAGCAGACCAGUUAUUCGACAUGAUGACUGGUGAAUUUCGUUGCACAUUCUGUCGCGAAAUGGUGGAGGAGGAUCAGUCAGCACUGCCUAAGAAAGACUCCCGUUUAUUGCUAGCCAAGUUCAAUGAGCAAUUGGAACCACUUUACAUUCUUCUACGAGAGGUUGAGGGUAUCAAACUGGCUCCUGAGAUUCUCGAGCCUGAGCCAGUGGAUAUCAACCUCAUCAGAGGAAUCGAUAAUAGAAAACCAGGAAUCAGGCCCUCGGGAGAGCAAUGGUCCGGCGAAGCAACUAGAGGCUCUGGAUUCGCUGUGGAGGACACUCGAGUUGAUGUUACGAUUGGUGACGAAACCACUGACGACUCAGCCAACAAACGAAAGGAGAGACCCAUCUGGAUGAUGGAGAGUACUGUUAUCAAUGAUAAUUCUGAGCUGGAUAAUGGAACCAGUCAGGACAGCAUCCUCGAUAAAGCUGCUGCCACUGCUACCAAUACCAAUGCCAAUCACAGACAGGGAGAGGAUAUUAUGUCUGUGCUGUUGGCUCAUGAGAAAAAGGGUGGUAAUACUAAUGCUGUCAAUGCUGUGCUUCCUCCGGAGUCGAGUGACUCCAGUGAUAAUGAGGAACAUGGGGACAUGCAGGCUAUUGAUACUGGCGAUAUCGAACUGAUGGAAUCAGACGACGACGAUGCAAUACCAACAGUGACUGUCGGUGGAAGAACAGUACCAAUAACAGAAGUCAACGAGGCAUUGACAGAUGCCAUGACACCAGCUGAGAAAGAGGCAUACAUUCAAACGUAUCAGGAAUACUACUCUCACAUGUUCGAUUAAUUCGUUCUUCUAUCUCCUAAGAUUCGAAGUCUUUCAUUCUUCAUCCCAAUUUCUAUUUUUGAUGCCUCAUCUAUCGAGCGAUGUAUCCAUUUUUGUAUGAAAAAAAUAAUAAUAAAUAGAAUAUUACGUUUACUCAACUUAGUAUUUAUCAUUGAUGCCCAAAGGUCUUGAGUCUUUGAAAAAUAACUAGUUUAAUGCAUGAGGAUAAUUGUCUUUUUUUAAUUGGUCUUAUAUUUUUUUUCUCUUUCUAACAGAUAACAUUUAAUUCAACAAUACAAGGUAUCAACACAGUAUUCAUUUGUUCAUAAAUAAAUUGAAUAAAUAUCCAUUAAAUAUGAAAUGAAUUAAAUUAAGAAAGA